AUGACGUGGACGGCGGUGUUUAUGGUAGCGGUGGCGAGCAUGGUCAUGGCUGUGCUUGGGUACCACGCACCGCUCCAGCUGAACCAGAUUCAAGGCGCAGGAAUCCACAAUGGCUACCACCUUCCGCCUGUCCGGCCUCUUCCGCGGUGGAACAUGACGGCGCCGACCUUUGCCGACGCCAUGGGCCCGCUGCGGGCGACCCAUGUCGAGCUGGACGUCCAUCUGCGGAACGACGGUUCCACGGCUUCAGGCUUUGCCUUUGACGUCUAUCACAUUGCUGGCUAUGACGCACGCUCGAGGUGCUCCGACCUCGAGUCGUGCCUGGUGCACUGGCUCGCCGCUCGCGUCGCCUCGGACCUCCCGGAGCCCGACAUCAACCACAUCCAGUGGGCCACCGUCAUCCUCGAGCCCAAAGGCCCGCUGCCGUGGAAGCUGCCGGCACUGGUCGAGCUGGCACAGUUGCUGGAGCGGGUCUUUGGCCCGCACGUCCUCGGCCGCUCCGCUCUGCUCGCCGCCGCAAAGCCGGUCGGCAGCGCGGCCCAAGCUCCGGCCACGCUUCACGACAUGGCCACGUCGGGCGCGUGGCCGCAGCUGCAUGCGCUCGCCGGCAAGACGCUGGUACUCCUCAUGGACCCCGGAUCUACCAUGUACAUGGCAUACGGUGACGCUGUGCCGGAUGCGCUCGUCCGCCUCGUCGACGUGGCCGGCAAGGACGAGCCCGACGCAGCAUUUAUCAAAGUUGACGACCCGGUGAGUCCGGGUAUUGCCGACCUUGUCAAGGCCGGCUACAUGGUGCGCACCCGCGCCGACGCCGAGUACGUGCCGUGGCUGCAGACUGACGACCAGAUCCUACAGGCCUACGUAGAAGUCAUCGACACGAACGCGUCCGGGCGGGUGUCGACAAGCGAGAUCCGUGCCUUCCUCGCGGCGCUGGACGUGGUCUCGCCGGUCCUGGAGGCCAACCUCGAUGCAGCUGCCGCCGGGUGCGGCGACAUCGGGACCGGGCUCGACGCCGCAGGCCUCGGCUGCGUUCGCGACGCCCUGGUUGCCGUCGACCCAUCGGCAGCGUCGCUCAUUCCAACGCCUGCCAUGCUCACGCCCCCACUGGAGGCCAUGGAGGCUCGCCAGCAGCAGGCCAUCAUCUCGGGUGCGCACUUUGUCUCGACCGACUAUCUGUUCUCACGGUAUGUGUCGCCGGCGCCGGCGUAUGCGACUAAGCCUGAUCCGUACGUUGUCUCGUUUGCAGCCGGGCCGAGCGGCGGCUACUUGUGCAACCCAGUGACGGCGCAGUUUGAAGCGCCGCUCUCGUGCUCGUCGAGCCACGCCAACAAGGCCGCCGCGGGCACUUGCCCGCCCAACUGUGCCACCUGCGCCAACACCGAUACUUGCUCGGUGUGCAAGCCGGGCUACACUGCCACCGGCAAGUACCAGGACCCGUCCGCCAACACAGUUGCCUGCGCCGACUCGAGCCAGACAACCAGCGCAGCGGCCAGCCCCGCGAGCAAGUCGGGAGCAUCGACAACAGCAACCAUUGUGCUUGUGGCGGUCGCCGCCGGUGCUGUCUGCAUCGUCACUGCAUGUGUCGGCUACCGACUCACGCCCAAGCACAAGUAUGCCGCCCCAAGUGAGCUCCGAGAGCGCGAGCUCGAGGCACCGCUCGUCGCCAACCGCCCGGCGCCGGUCCUGCCGUCUGACUACUCGACGCCGUCGUUCUCGUCAUUCACUGACGAGCCGAUCGGCCUGCCCGGCGGUGCUUCCGGCUCGGAUUCGGAAAUCUCAGACCUCCCGCCAGCUCAUUGCUCGUCAGGCUCGGACCUUCCGGAGCCGCGCUCAGCCAGCCACGACAGUGCGGACAUGGAGCUGGAGGACAAGCCCGCUCACGGUUGGGCGUCGGACUCGGACCGGGACUCGCCCACGUUUUCAUCAACCGGCUCGGUCGACAUGACUGCCGUCCAGCUCGCCACCGCUGCGCCCGAUCAAGCCACCGCGCCUGCCACCCUCGAUCCCAUCCCGCCGCUCUCAGAGCCGCCCAAGUAG